UUAAAGCUUACUCUGAUUUGGGUAGUUUGGUUGAUGCCCGUCAUGUGUUCGAUCAAUUUUGUCACCCAAUAACCAUUAUAUGCAAUGCCAUGAUUUAUGGGUAUUUAAGAAAAGAGAGAUACAAUGAGACCCUUAACUUGUUUAGUUUGAUGGGUUCUUGCAAUUUGGAGACUGAUAGCUAUAUGUGUAAUUUGCACUCAAGGCGUGCAUGGGCUUAUCAGAUUAUAAAAGGGGUAUGGAAGUUAUUAAGAGAUCUGUGGAUAAAGGAAUUGAAAGUGAUUGGUUCUUGGGGAGUUCAAUGAUUAAUUUCUUUGUGAAAUUCGAUAAGAUUGGUGAUGCACAAAGGUUUUUCGAUAGGAUGCCGUAAAGAGAUGUUGUUUGUUGGAAUUCCAUGAUUGGUGGCUAUGUGCAAUCUAGUCAGUUUAGUAAGGCAAUUGAUAUGUUUCUACAAAUGUGUAGUUGUGGGGUUUGGCCAAAUCUAGUCACUAUGUUGAGCAUAAUUCAAUUUUGCAUUAAAAGUGGGGAUUUCAAGCUUGGAAAAUGUGUUCAUGGGUGCAUAGUUAGACUGGGAAUGGGUAAUGAGGUACGGACCUCACUAAUUGAUAUGCAUAGUAAUAUGGGUGAAAUGCAAAGUGCCUGUUGGGUUUUCGAGACCAUGCAGACAAGAAAUUUGGUUUCAUGGAAUGUCAUGAUAUCGGGGUGUACUCACAAUGGUCUGGUGCAUGAGUCUUUCGUCUUCUUCCACAGAUUAGUCACAAGUGAUGGUAGGUUUGAUUCUGGGACUAUGGUGAACCUUGUUCAGGGCUGUUCUCAAACAGCUGAUCUGGAAAGUGGAAAAAUCCUACAUUGUUGUGCUUUUCGGAGGGGUUUUGAUUUAAAUCCCAUUUUUUCCACUGCCAUUGUUGAUCUGUACUCUAAAUGUGGUGCAAUAAAGCAAGCACCUUUUGUCUUCGACAGAAUGGAAGAGAGGAACGUGAUUACAUGGACUGCUAUGCUGCUAGGAUUGGCACAAAAUGGGCAUGCAGAAGAAGCCUUGAAACGAUUCUGUCAGAUGCGAGAAGAGGGAAUUGCUGCAAAUUCAGUAACUCUUGUUAGUUUAGUCCAUUCUUGUUCCCAUUUAGGUUCUCUGAAGAAAGGAAGGAGUGUUCAUGGUAAUUUAAUCCGGCAUGUCCAUGCACUUGGUGUAGUUAACAUGACAGCCUUGAUUGAUGUGUAUGCGAAUUGUGGAAAAAUAAAGUAUUCUGAGAGGAUAUUUGAAAAUUGCUCCAUUUGUAGAGAUGUUAUCCUAUGGAACUCUAUGAUAACAAGCUAUGGUAUUCAUGGUUAUGGACUGCAAGCUCUUGGCGUUUAUAGAAGAAUGAAGGAUGAGGGAUUUAAGCCAAAUGAAACCUCCUUUCUCUCUCUUCUAACUGCUUGUGGUCACUCAGGAUUUGUCGAAGAGGGGAUCAAAUUAUUCCAUAGCAUGGAGAGAGACCCUGACAUUGUGCUGACGGAAAAACACUAUGCUGGUUAUGUGGAUCUUUUAAGCUGAGCAGGCCGAUUUGAAGAAGCAGAGGCAUUGAUGGAGCAAAUGCCUUAUAAACCAGGAAAUUAUGUUCUUGAAGCAUUGCUAAAUGGAUGUCACGCUCACAAGAACAUUGAUCUGGGGUAUAAAGACAGCAGAUAGAUUACUUUGUAUUGAUUCCAUGAACCCUGGAAUUUAUGUUGUGUUAUCAAACAUUUAUGCUCAAGCAAGGAGAUGGGAUUCUGUAAAUUAUAUUCGAAGCCACAUGAGGACGAAGGGACUCAAAAAAAAAAAAAAAAAAAAACCAGGGUGUAGCUUGAUUGAAGUAGGACACCAAGUUUACUAAUUUUUUGCUGGAGACAACUCACAUCCAAAUUGGGCAGAGAUUCAUCAGCAUUUGGAGAUUUUAAGAGUAGCAGUUGAGGCUUCUGAUUAUGUACCUGAUACAAGUUGUGUUCUUCGUGACGUGGAUGAGCCUGUGAAGGUAAGGUUGCAAUGGGACCACAGUGAGAGAUUAUCCAUUGCAUUUGGACUUUUAAGCACACCAGCUGGGAGCUUGAUUAGGAUCACAAAGAAUCUGCAUGUAUGUGUUGAUUGUCGCAAUGUGACUAAAUAUAUAUCCAAGAUUGUGAGGGGGAAACUUAUUGUGAGAGAUGCCAAUCGUUUCCAUCACUUUGUUGAUGGGAAAUGCUCCUGUAAUGAUUACUGGUGAUGAGGGUCUUCUUGUGGAGAGAGGACGUGGCUAGUUUGUAACAAGAAUUUUGAAGCUCAGCUCCUGUUUGUAAACUUAUCCCCACAAGAAUUGCUGCCAAGUCAAGACCUGAGGCUGAAGUUUUGAUUUUUCUAGUGUCAAAAAGUUUUUUCAAUUUUUGUAUGUCAAUUCGUAUGCAAAUAAGAUAUUGUAAUGAAAUCACAUAAUCUGACCAUCAUCUAAUGAUGCAAAUUUAGGAACAGUUUACCUAUUACCCUUGUCAUCCACCAAGUGUAUAUUUAAUGAAAUAACCUACCAUGGCAUGUGCCACAUUG